CAUUCCGGAAAGACUCCAUUAGAUUAUAGAGGCGAUGGAUCAUUGAGCAGGCAUAAUACUGUUAGGAAAUUUGAGACUUUCUGAUAAGAUUGGUGAACUUUUUGCAAAUGAAAGACAUUGAUGUGUCCGGAAGCUGCGUAUUGGAAAUUUGAUAUAGCUAAUUAAAUUUUUGUAACUUGAUGUAAUUCAAACAUGCAAUGUGGUUUCGCGAAGGUUGUCUGUGGCCGACAACCUGACAGCCGUCGCUGUGAGCAAUUUUUCUUUUCACGGAUUGGACCGUAAUACCGAACGCCGACAGGACAGUAAACGAAAGUCGUAAAUUGCAAUAAUUAAAAACAAACAAAACGCACCCAACAAAAAGCGUUCGAAAAUAAAUAAACAAUUUCGGGUCCGGGUGCACUUAGUGAUCCGUCGUUCGCUGGCAGUGCGUUCCUCAGUGAGUUGGAGCAGGUAAAUCUCGUGGCGGUUUCUAACGCGGUUUCGCGCUCAUUUGAAAAGUGAAGUGUUGACAAUAAAGCGUGAACGAUGAUAAUUUCGUAUUAAAUUUACAUAUAAUCAAACAUCGGCGAUGAUGGGCCAAAAGCGGCACGAAUCGAGUAAAGUGUUUAUAAAAGUUUAAAAAGAAAUUAAUAUCAGGCCAUUUGCGUGGUUUGCCACCGAUGCAGUGCUACGAUUUCGAUGAAAGAUGUGGAUAAUAAUUAAACUUUUCUGGUUAGCGGCACAGACGACUACGUGUUAAAUGCGAUAAAACAUCCCACAAAAAUCAACGGUGAAAUAAUAAACCGGGAAAAAGAGUAACAAAGCAAGAAAGGUUUUAUCCUGAGGUGUAUUAAAAUGUCAGUGAAUAUAGGUGCUACCCGCUAGUGAUAAAUUUAAAAGCGAGUUUACUUGCAAUGCUGCCUCAUGUUCAGCUUUGCUAAGUGCGAGGAGACAGAAGACAUCAGGGCUUAACAAAAACAAAAGAAUUUCAGCUAUCUAUAAUCGAACGGAAUCCACUCCCACGCACCAAACAGGGGCGGAAUUUUGAUUUUUCAUAACUGCAACGGUUCAUUUACUCAAACAAACGGCUGUAAUGAGUAUUUUGUUGAAAACUAUCUUUCCAAUCUGUGUAAACUAUAAAGGAUAUGUGUAAAUGAACGAAGAACACACGUGCCUAAAUAAAACCAGAUAUUGCAUACGAUGCACCCGUUUAGAUUGUUUGUCACGCGUGCAGGAUAUACAAAACAAACACAGUGUUUUACAGCGUACUGUUAGUUGGCCUAUUGGUCGAUAAUCUGUGCAGGUCAGCUGUUGAUUUUCUGGAAUUUGGAGCGCGUGGUAUGCCGGGAGCGGGACUGUAAUACACUGCUGCGGCCCACUUUCCGGUUACAGGUGGAUAAAAAUGGCCAUUCUUCAUUCGUGUUGCCUGUGGCGGACAGUGCGCAAAGGGAGCUAUGCCAGCGUUAUCUACACAUUCUUUUACUUCGGCAUAUCCUGUAUCACGCUAUCGGUAUUCGUGCAUGAUGAGCGCAAAUUUCUGAAAGGUGAAGUCGACAAGCCCAGCGGAGAAAGUUUCCUGGAAAAAGAGAGCAUAUCGACAGUGACUGUGAUAUUCAACAUGUUAUUGCUAGUAUUCGCUAGCCUGGGAGUAGUGUCGUCGCUACUGGUGGUAGUCGGAUUAAGAAUGGACAACCGAGCAUUCUUGGUGCCAUGGAUUAUCGUUAUGAUUGCUGAUUUACUGGUGGAAUGUGCUCAUUUCAUAUAUUUAAUUGUGAUUCAGACGCUACGAUUCGAACCAGUCACAGCGAUGUUGUUCACAAUUGAUUUCUUCAUUAUGUGUCUUAAUAUAUACUGUCUGCUCUGCGUGAUAUCACAGUAUCAGGAAUACAGAGCGGGUCGAGGCGCAGCGGAGAAUUGCUCUUUCACCAAUUCUCUCAACAUUCAGUAUAGUCCGCCGGCAGCCACUUGUCUACCCCAGGGGAAAUCCAUCCGGAGUCCGGUAAUGUGUCCCCACACAAACUGUACUCUAAUACCGGAAGAAACCCAAACGAAUGGUGCGAUUCAUGGAACGAUGCCGGUUCCACCCCCAUUAAAUUCACCCUCGGACUUUUGCCGGCAAAACUCACUGCUGCUGAAGAAGCAGGUCAAAUUCCACCACGGCGAGAAAACGAAAGUGUGCUGUAGUGGAGUCAUUCAUCCGGAAAAUAUUCUCCCCAAUGAGGCCUGCAGGAGAGGCAACGGUCACAUGUUGCCGAUAGAGACACUUCCCGAAUACGGCGAGGAAGUGCGAAGCUGGAAGGAACGGAAGACAGCGAAACACUAUAAUCCUCAUGGAAAGUAAGAGGAAUGACUUCUGGUAGCGUUUGAGAUAAUAGGAUCGUAACGUAAUUCAUGUGACUUCUCAGCACGAGAAAUUUUAAUCACACUGGCCUGUGUAUUCUGCAGAAUACAGCGACGGAAAGAACACAUUUAUCUUUGGAUCGCACUAAUCCGCAAAACGAAUUUUCUCGUCCCUCAAACACAAGUUCAUGCCAGUUAAGGUACUUCCUGGCAUUUUUUCUCAAACAAGGGGGGUUUCAUCAAAAAUGUAACCGAACUACAUCCUGGUCUAGUAACUGCCACUAUUGAUAUAUCAAAACUUUUUCCAAAUACUACGCUCUGCUACUUUAUAAAACACAAUAUAAAAUUAUUCCUAUAGCAGCAUAUAAUACAUCUUUCAAUCAUAAUUUUACUUUCUCUUCUUAUCACCCAUCCCAUUGUUUAACCUUGAUCAAGGCGAGAAAUUUGAUUGCCAAUUAAGAUUACCACUAAUUAAGCAUAGAAAAUAUAAAGGAAGGCCAUCACUAUUCAGCCAACAAAAGGGCGAAGAUGCGGGUGAGCGCAUUUUUUAGCUAGCAUUGCAGACUUAGAGUACUCAAUCAGACUCACAAUUAGCAGAGCAACCGUGUAUGCCAAUUAACGUUCUAUUUAAGUACAUGGCUUUGAACUAUGUAAAGUGCAUUUAAUCGAACAACAUCAUGUAACCAUGCUAGAGCGACAGAUUUUUCUUUUGCAAAUUGGCAGUAUUCUAUGAACCGAAUAUCAUCACAGACAUUCGAAUUUCGCAUUGUUUUUGUAAAGCCUAACGUCCACUCAAAAAUAGCAAUGUUUGUAUUAUACUCAAGUCAGUUUUAUUGCUAUUGUUUAGGUUUUGUAUAGAACAAGUUAGCAAAUAUGUUUCCAUGGUGCAAAAAUAGCAUAAUUACAUUUGUGUAUGACACUGCGACCUUUGAUUGUUUUAUGGUUGUAAUGUUUGACUAGUCAUUUCUUCCAAAAAGGUAUUUUAUAAUAAAAGAUUAAUAUUACCUGGGAUCAGGUAAAGUUUCUUAACUCUUAAUAUUGGAUCAAUUAUGAAACAAAGAGGGAUCAGGUAUUGAAUAUCAAAAUAUUCAGAUAACAUUACGAAAGCGAUUAAAAAGUAUAUGAUGAAUGUGAUUCCAACUAGAAUUAAAAUUACACUCACACGAAACAAUUUCAAGUCGAAAGAAAUGUAAAUUUGGAUAAUGUUACAAUUGAAAAUUUCAGUUGGAUUUUAACGUGUGAUAUCAGUGUCAAAUAAGGAAACUAGAAUAUAAGAAUUGAAACGGUUGAAG